CCCCUGUUGCCAUGGAGAUCUUGACGUCCCCGGGUUAGGGUUGAAGGUUUAAAGUAGAGAGAAGGUGUAGCCAGCUAGUUAAGUAGAUUUUGAAUUAGUAAAGGGGUCGUUAUAUUACUAAGUCUGACAGUUGCACCGCUCUCUUCCAAAACAUGGAUCUGGGAGCAAUUUUGUCGCACAUCGAGGACGGAGACUGCGACGAAAUUGAGAGGCGCCUGCUGCAGUACAAUCAGGAGAAUAAUCGCACUUUCUCUUUUGACCAAAAAGAAGAGGACAAACGAGUUAGGCUAUGUCAGGGCUUGCUGACUGUCCUGGGCAGACAAGUUCAGCCUCGCUGCCAGAAGGCCUGCCUGGAGACAUUGCGAAUCCUGUCCCGGGACAAGCGGGUACUUGGACCAGUGGCCACAAGAGAGGGCAUGCUUGUACUGGGCAGACUGGCGGGCCUGGAGUCUGCGGACGAAAUUGGGGGCGAUCCGGAAGAUGUACUGGUGCUGGUGGAGGCCCUGAAGUGCCUUUGCAACAUUGUUUUCAAUAGCCAGGGGGCCCAACAGGUGGGAGCCGACAUCCAGAUGGCCCGGGGCCUCAUCCGGCAGCUGCAGAUGGGCCGCGCCUGCAGGCACGAGGUGGAGCUCUUCUCCUUGCGCCUGAUCUUCCUGUUGUCAGCCCUGAGACCCGACGUGCGCGACAGUCUGCGGAGGGAGCUCUCCGCUGUCAGCGUGCUUACCCGAGUGCUGGAGGACACUCUGUGUGUACGCUGGGUGGGGACCUAUGAAGUCGUUGCGCCCAGCCCCCUGGCUCCUCCCCUCUCAGCUGAGGCGACUGAACGUACCAUGGAGGCUCUGAAGGCCCUGUUUAAUCUCACGCUGUCCAGCAGCACUGAAGAGGAUGGUGCCCACCAGCUCCGCCUCAUCUCCGCCAUCAUGCGGCAUGUUUUGAUGCUAAAGGCUCAUACGGAGGACAAAACGGAGGAAGCUCACAGCAAUGCCAUUAACCUGCUGAGCAACAUCCCUGUGUCUUGUUUGGAUGUGCUGAUUGACGUACCGGUUCAGGAUGACCAGGUGCAGUAUGGGGGCAGGAACAUGGAGGCAGUGUGGGUGCUGCUGAAGUUCAUGGAGAAGAGGAUAGACAGGGGUACCAACUAUAAGGAGGGCCUGACGCCAGUGCUCAGCCUGCUGACUGAGAGCUCGCGGCAUCACCGAGAGAUCCGGAAAUACAUCAAGGCCCAGGUCCUCCCCCCGCUGAAAGAUGUGAAGAACCGGCCCGAGGUGGGAAGCACAGUGCGAAACAAGCUGGUGCGCCUCAUGACUCACGUGGACACGAGCGUGAAGCAGAGUGCUGCCGAGUUCCUCUUCGUCCUCUGCAAGGAGAGCGUGGACAGCCUGCUGAAGUACACAGGCUAUGGGAACGCGGCGGGGCUCCUGGCGGCCCGUGGAUUGCUGGCGGGGGGCCGUGGGGAGGGGCAGUACUCAGAGGAUGAAGAUUCUGACACGGAUGAGUACAAGUCAGCCAAACGAUUCAUCAAUCCCAUCACCGGCCACAUUGAGGAGCCUAUGCCAAACCCUGUGGAAGAGAUGACUGAGGAGCAGAAGGAGUAUGAGGCCGAGAAGCUGGCCAGCAUGUUCGACCAGCUGUCGAGACAGACGCUGAUAAAACCAAUGGGUGUAAGGCGAGAUGGCACUUUGGCUCCCCUAGAGGAAACAGUCAGCAAAUGCACUGUGGACAGCAUCAGCUCUGACUCGGAUUAAAAUGAAAGUGCAUGACUCCUCAGUCCUUCCCACUCUUAAAUGCAGUCUCAAAAACAGGAAGUUGGGAAAUAAAUCAAAACUGUGUACAUGUUGAUUAGGAAAUGUACCCAUACAGAGGCCUGCAGUAUAUGCUGGAAAACUGAAUUGGAAAAAACAAUAUUGGGCAUGAUGGAGAAUGGUUUGAAAUGUUUAAAAAUAUGUUUUAUGAUUAUUAAUAGAUGUGUUGUGAGAAGUAUGAUACAAUAACCAAAGGUCAAAAGAUGAUAUUCUGACCAAAGGUCAAAAAUGACGGUAUGACUUCGGCCCAACCGAUUUGAGAGACCUUUGGAACGAAAGCAUUCCUGCACAUUAUUUGUACUUAAAUAGUAGGGAUGAGGUGGGAAAUAGUUUUACAGAUUCUUUGAGAUUUAAAAUCGAGUUUCAAUAUCAAUUUAAAUGUAGGUAAAUGUGGGUCACUUUUGUUACUUCUAAUAUAUUUGCCCAAUUGAACACAGCGUGAUUUUGUUAAGAGACUGAUGUGUGUGAGAGUCUGGCUUAGUGUUAUCGCAAAUGAGUAAGUGUGUUUGCAGACUUUUCCAGCACCAUCGCAAUUUAAAUGCAGACUUUGCGCAAAGUUUUUAUUCUGUUAAGUAAAUGGACAUCUAGACAUGA